AUGCAAAACCUAAUAGGAAAAAUUUAUGCAAAUUGUAUAUACAUUAUUCUGUUAAUAUUAUUAUAUGAUGUUCAGAAUGGGUUAACUCAACUAAAUCCAUAUUUUCAAUUCAUACCACAAAAUGAUAAUUUACAUACUAAAAUAUAUGAUUAUUCAAAAGGAUUUGAUGAAGAUCAUUUCACCUAUGAAUUACAAUAUCCGAUCCCAAUAUAUGAAACACUAAUUAAAAAAAUCACUAUCCGUAAAAAUGGUCUCCUAGCACUAGAUAGCAUUUCUGAUGAUAAUUUGCCAUCACAUUAUCCUGUCAAUACGAGUAUCACAAAUCAACGAUUACAAGAUUUUGAUGGACGAUAUUUAAGCAUUUUCAGUUCAGUGAAUAAUGGAAAAUGUGGAAGAAUUAGUGUCACGGAAAUCGAUUUACUAUCACCUUCAAAACUACCAUGUGUAGAGAGAAUGCAAAUAGAUCGUCUAAUAAAGUUUAUACAUUUAUCAUAUAUCGAAGAAUCUGAAUUAAAAGCUCAGUAUAUUGUACAUAUACUGUGGGAAAACAUGACAAACGCUUACCUAAUCAACGAGAAAGCUAAUACGUAUGGAAUGAUAAUAAUUUCUAAUGGAAUACGUUCUUACGCUUUCAUGCAAUACAUAAAAAUUGAGUGGAAUGAAAAUAAUGUCGCAGAGAAUCUAGCUUUACCACCUGAAUCUGGUAUAUUUAUGAGACCUUUUGGAGGUUAUCAGUUGCCAAGAAGUUCUCAAGCUGUAGAACCAAAUAUAUGGUUAACUGAAACAAACAUAGCUCUACAUGGAGAAUGGCUUGUUCCUUUAUACAAAUCGGAAAAUAUAGCUAAAAUAAAUGUUAAGAAUUUAAGUGCAGUUGCCAGUGAAUUUGUUACAUCUUUGACAAGUGUUUGUGAGGGUUCACUUCAUUCACAUAAGUCAAAUAAUGAAACACCAUCUGAUACGGUCGUCAUUAAAAAUGAAAACAUUGACAAUAGAUCAGAAGAGCCGAUUGAUAGAACACAGAGUUUUAAAAGAGCUUUGGAAAGCUUUGAAAACUAUGAUCUUAACGUCUCAUCAAAUGACUAUAGUUAUGGAAUGACUGAAAAUGUACCGAAAGCUGCAUGGAAUAUCCUAAGAGAUGAAACUGAAUUCUCAGGUGUUGAUCCGAUUGAUCAAAAUGAAGUGAAUAUUCUACCAGAGAAUGAAACUGUGGAUAACUUUUAUCAUGAGAGUAAUCAAUUUGUUGUUGAUAAUAAAGAGUACACACCCACAGACAGAAUUACGACACAAACUUACUAUCCUUUGGGUCGGUAUGAUGGAGAUGAGGAAAGGCAGGAGAUACAUGAACCUCUCAUUGUACCAGUCACUAUACACCCGUUGGGUGAUGACGAUGAUGGUGAAGAAGAUAUAAUCGAUAAUAAGGGAGAAUACAAAUCCGUGAAUGAAACGUUUUCAAACAGUUUGGUGAAAUGUGAUGCUGUUAGUGAAUGUAAUAGUCAUAACACAGAAUGCUAUCGAGUUGACAACUCUGCCUGCUGUGUAUGCAGUGAUGGAUUUUACGGUGCAGGAGAUGCCAAGUGUUGGUCCGAAGUCAAUGAUCAUAAAUUUUCUUUUUCUGGUUCCCUAACCACACGCUUUGGUAUUGAGAAUACCAGUUCACCUCUGCUUAUCUAUCUGGAUAUUCAACAUGGUUCACUAAGACGCAGUUCUAGCGGAAUUCGUGGUGGCCGAACAAACGACAGAAUAUAUUCAACUAUGCGUUUAAUUACACCUGUAUUUCAUAUUUUAAAUUCAAUGGUUUCUAGUCCUUGUGAAAAUAUUCCGAAACGUGAACGUGUUUAUAAUCUUUUCACGUUAGGAAAUGGAUUGCAACGUCCUUUCAAAGUGUUAUUCCAGUUUGAUAUUGAAAGAGUUGGGAAAUUUACAAUCCAAGCCGUACUUGAGCUACACGAUUUCACAACAGGAGCAUACGCCAAUGGUGUAAUACAGUUAGAGGCGUUCAGUACAGAAAGUUUAAACCUACUCGAUCAGUCUUAUAUAGAGGCUUAUAGUGCUUCUGAUAAGCCAGAUAAAACGUAUUACGCUAAUUAUAAAAUUGAUGAUCAUGGCCGUGUUGUAUUUCCAGAGCAAACUGUUAAAUUUAUUGUUGAGCAUCGUGACUCAAAUGAAAUAAGUAAUUUUCCUGAAGAAAUUAAUGUAAGCUGGUCUGCUGUUGCUGAGUCAGAAAGUUGCUUGCUCAAACAAGUCAGCUCUAUACCUAGGGAUAAAUCGUAUUAUAUUCGUCUCAAAGAUCGUGGUUACUGUAGUGAGGAUUGUUCAUCACCAGAUGGCACAUGCAAUUUGUUCUGUGUAGAUGAACCUUUAUUAUUAGCUACAGAACCAAGUCCUUGUGACUGUGUAACGUGUGAUCGUCAUGGUGAAGUGUGUCGACCAGAGGGCGUGAGUUAUAGAUGUGAAUGUGGUCAGGGCUUGAAGUUAAUGCCUGACAAUACAUGUCAAGCUACUUCAUUGGUGGAUGUAACUAACUAUCUCGGUGUACAGUGUGGUUCUGUCAAUUGUCAUACCCAUGCUCGUUGUAUUGAUCCAAAUCAAGCGUUUUGUCAAUGCUUACCUGGCUACAGAGGAGAUGGUGUUAGCCAUUGUGAAAGUGAUCCAUGUUCUAAAUGUCGUCGUAAUGAGAUUUGUGAAAAUGGUAUAUGUAUAGCAAGUGGUGUUGAUCUAUGUGAAGGGAUUCAGUGUGGAGAACAAGCGUUCUGUCAAGAUGGUGCUUGCGUUUGUACACCAGGUUAUACUGGCGACCCAGUUGUCAAAUGUUAUGAAGAAAGAGAUCGAUGUUUUCAAGUACGUUGUCAUCCAAACGCACAAUGUUAUAAUAACGAAUGUCAUUGUGUAGAAGGUUUUCAAGGUGAUGGGUAUUAUGAUUGUAAGCCUGAAGUUUACGAUCCAUGCUCUGAGGUUAGGUGUCAUCCAUAUGCUAAAUGCAGAAAUGGUAACUGUGAGUGUCUGCCUGACUAUUAUGGUGAUGGUUAUCAUGUUUGUAAACCACGUAAUUAUGAUCCAUGUGAUUAUGUUCAAUGUCACCAGUAUGGAUAUUGUAUUAAUGGUAGCUGUCAGUGUCGCACUGGAUUCGAAGGAAAUGGUUACUACGACUGUCGCCGUAUUCAAGUAGAUCCUUGUUCUCAUGUACAAUGUCAUUAUGAUGCCACAUGUCACAAUGGUGUUUGUACAUGUAAAGCUGGUUAUAUUGGUGAUGGUUACAGAGAGUGUAGACCUAGAGAAACCGAUUUAUGUCAUCACAUUCAAUGUCAUCCAUAUGCACAGUGUGAAAAUGGACAGUGUCAUUGUAUUGAAGGUUAUAUUGGUGAUGGAUAUUACGAUUGUCAUGUAAGAGAUCCUUGCACUGGUGUAAAAUGUCAUCAAUAUGGAGAGUGCAUCAGUGGACGAUGUCAUUGUCUUAGAGGAUACGAAGGUGAUGGGUAUUAUGAUUGUAGGCAAACAGUUACUGAUCCAUGUUCAAAUGUUCAAUGUCAUCCUAAUGGUUAUUGUAAAAAUGGACGUUGUUUAUGUUUAAACGGUUAUGAAGGUGAUGGUUAUUAUGAAUGUCGUCUAGUUCAUAAUGAUCCUUGUAUAGGAGUACAGUGUCAUUCUAAAGCAGAAUGUCAAAAUGGUUACUGUCGUUGCCUGAAUGGCUACGAAGGGAUGGUUUUCAUUAUUGUUAUGCAAUGCAAGAUGAUCCGUGUUCUAUGUCAAAAUAUUCGUUGUCAUGAGUUUGCAAACUGUCAAAAUGGUAGAUGUCAAUGUAAUGCAGGUUAUGAAGGAGAUGGUUACUGGGAAUGUAAAUCCAUAAAAAGUGACCAGUGUCAAAAUAUUCGUUGUCAUGAGUUUGCAAACUGUCAAAAUGGUAGAUGUCAAUGUAAUGCAGGUUAUGAAGGAGAUGGUUACUGGGAAUGUAAAUCCAUAAAAAGUGACCAGUGUCAAAAUAUUCGUUGUCAUGAGUUUGCAAACUGUCAAAAUGGUAGAUGUCAAUGUAAUGCAGGUUAUGAAGGAGAUGGUUACUGGGAAUGUAAAUCCAUAAAAAGUGAUCCGUGUUCUAGUAUGAGAUGUCAUAUAAACGCUAAAUGCUUUGAUGGUGAAUGCCGAUGUUUGGACGGGUAUCAGGGGGAUGGAAAACAUUAUUGUGAUCCUAUUCAGCAGGACCAGUGUCAAAAUAUUCGUUGUCAUGAGUUUGCAAACUGUCAAAAUGGUAGAUGUCAAUGUAAUGCAGGUUAUGAAGGAGAUGGUUACUGGGAAUGUAAAUCCAUAAAAAGUGACCUUUGCAAGUAUGUUCGAUGUCAUGAAAAUGCAAAAUGCAAUGAACACGGUAAAUGUCAGUGUCUUGAUGGUUAUUCGGGAGAUGGAUACUAUGAAUGUCAGAAAAGUUCACAAGAGUUAUGCGCUGGUGUUCAAUGUCAUCGUUUUGGUCAAUGUUAUGAAAAUCGAUGCUACUGCAGUCAUGGAUACGUUGGGGAUGGGGUUAACUUUUGUGAUGCACGUGCAAACGAUCCAUGUGAUGGCGUUCGUUGUGCUGCUAAUGGACGUUGUCAAGAUGGUCGAUGCGUAUGUGAUCCUGGUUAUACAGGAGAUGGUUACAAUGAAUGUCGAGAAGCCGAGGGUGUGAAAUUGUGUGGUAAUGUACAAUGUCAUCAAUAUGCUACAUGUGAUAGAGGACAGUGUCGUUGUGUUACUGGUUAUGAUGGUGAUGGUUAUUCAGAUUGCCGACCAGUUACAGAAGAUAAGUGCUCACGAGUGAGUUGUCAUCCAGAUGCUCAGUGUACUGAUGGUUACUGUUUCUGUCCUACUGGUUUCGAAGGAGACGGAUAUUAUGAGUGUAAACGAAUUACUCAAGAUCGCUGUGCGAAUGUUCGGUGUCAUGAAAAUGCUAAAUGUGACGACGGGUAUUGUCGUUGCAAAGAAGGUUUUGAGGGUGAUGGCUACAGUGAGUGUAGACGUAAAAGUGAAGAUAGAGAUCCAUGUGCACGUAUUCGCUGUCAUCCCCAAGCUCAGUGUGAGUAUGGGUUUUGCCGCUGUAAAAAUGGUUAUAAAGGUGAUGGCUAUUGGAGUUGUCAACCUAUACAAAGUGAUCUAUGUCGGGCAGAACAAUGCCAUCAGUUCGCUAGAUGUGUUGAAGGUCAGUGCCGCUGUUUGGAUGGAUACGAAGGAGAUGGCUAUCAGAUGUGUAAUAUAAUACCUGGAGCAACUUCAGCAGAUUGUGGUAAUUGCAAUGGUAUACCUUUCAAAGAAAUAGCUCAGUGUGUUGGUGGGCGAUGUGUUUGUGCUCGUGGAUUUAUUGAAGUUCAGGCAGGUGUCUGUAUGGAAUGUGUGCAAGACAAUUGUCAUCAGGAUGCCGUCUGUCGACCGGAUGA